AUGGCUGGGUCUGAACCCUCUGAGCGUAUAUUGUGGUGUGCAUUCUCCAAUAAACUUCAGAGACCAUUCUCUGUGAAAUGCACUGUCGGUGUCGAUUCUAUUUCCAACCUCAAAGAGAAGAUUUGCAAGGACAUAUUCAACUGCGAGUUUUCGCACUGGGACCUCGAUCUCUACAGCCCCGCCAAUCCAAUCAAAAACGCAGUUACACGGAAUGAUUUGAUACUGUUAAACCCACGUCAACAGAUCUCGUCUACAUUUCCAUCGUCGAAUGACCCGCAGCUCGACAUUAUCGUCAUCGAACCACUGCCAGAACAAUCUCAGUCUGUCUCCACUGGAAGUGGAAAAUCUCCAACUCUUGAUCCGCAAGACAUGAUAUGCACCCGGGAUGAAACAGUUUCAGUCCUUGCAAAAAUGGUGGUGGAUGAAAAAAUUAUCCAUGUUCGCGGCACGCCAUCAAGUGGAAAGUCGAUCCUUUCACUUUUGUUAAGAGAUCAUUUUCGUCGAAACGGCUGGAGAGUAUUCUUGCUUGGAACUUGGAAGCAAUGCCUCGAUGACGUUGAUGGUCUGGGACACUGGACUAGGUUCGCUAAGGUUCUCGGAUCAAAGUACCAAAGUGUAUACACCGUCGCGGACUUUUUCACCGAUAAGACUGUCAUCAUCCUAGAUGAAGCACAGGGAACUUACAGAGAUACGACAUUCUGGAACUAUGUUGUCAAGGAUAUCAGGGGCGGUGUGGGCUACAAAGUCAAACUGUGUCUCUUCAGUUCGUACGGUAGUCCCUCGGCUGGCCUGCCUUAUAAUCCCAGCGAUCAUCGCACGCCUAUCGAUUUUGCUCCGAGGCAAUGUGUUUCAUUGACUCCUGUAGUUGCGGAAGGGUCAGUGUCGAUAGGCCUGUUCUAUACCAGACACGAGUUCGAUGAUGUUGUCACAAAACUCUGUCGUUCUGAUCCUGUUUUACAGUACCCCAUUGGACAAGACGCUCGCGACUACUUGUUUGACCUCACCAAUGGACAUCCUGGGGCUGUCGGAUCGGUUGUUCAGUAUAUUUUCAACGUGUUCCGUUCUGAGACAAAAUUUCAGGUUAUUUCCGCAAUAACAAAGCAAGAUGUGGUCCAGGCUCUAGCAGAUGAUGCCAAAGUAUUCAAAAGCAUCAAGGGAACUCUUGUCUCACGCUCUUUUCCACAAACCAACCUCACCCCGCAGGCCAAGGUCGUCUUGUGCAAAAUACUUGAGGAUGGAUACGUACCUUUCGACAAGACAGAUGAAGGAGAUGCUGGUCUCAGAUCCUGCUACGAAAAUGGAUGGAUUCACAGGGCAUUACGUGAAGAUGGACCGCGAAUUCAAAUUGCCGCUGUUCUACCAUCACGCCUACACGAAAAAUAUGUCGAGUACCUUAUCGGCACAUCUCCAAUACCAUUCCCAAAGGACGAUUUUCCCACCAUUCAAAGCUUGUGUAUCCAGAUACUACGUUGCUUCUCUGCCAGGAGGCUUAGGCAUUGCGUGGAAGGGAAAUUGUCAACUGCAGCACAACUCAGGCCUGUAGAAGCACAGUACCAGGAUGAACUAUACAGAGCUUUCAAUACUGUCGUAGGUCGCGGCGUGCCGAUAUCUAGUGAAUGGUCUCGAGGUGGUAAUGGACGAGUCGACUUCUGGAUCUCGGAAAUGCGGUGGGGAAUAGAGCUCCUUCGCGAACACAGCAAUGUCGAUGAACAUCUCGCUCGAUUCAAGAAGGGAGGCCGAUAUUAUCAAUGGGUCAUGGUGGACAUGAUCAAGGAUUAUAUUGUCAUUGACUGUGCAACGUCCCCACCAGACAAUGACCACCCUGAUCCGAAGUUGAUGCGCGCUGUUUUCAGUGAAGAUUAUUCGCAACUGAUGCUGUUCGAUCACAAAAAUCACAGUAUCACAAGCCCCAUCGUUUUGAUCAACUGA